UUAGGAAAUACAAAUUCUUGAAACUUUUUCUGCAAAGGACAUAGUUCCUUUUCGACACCUGGAACACUUUGUACAAUGGUGCAAAUACAUAACAUAUCUAUUGUGGUGGUGAUGAUACGCAUGCGCGAAACUUGAGCAAGCUGGCUAACCUUUGAUUUCUUUAACGACACGAAUACCUCAUUUAAGGUUUUGACAUGACUUAAUUUGGCUUUGAGAAAUAAGGAAUUUGCAGAAGGUUAGAGGUGUCUGGAUUGUGUCACUCAUCAGCCAACACCGAAGCAAUCAGUUUUACUGACCGUGAUUAAGCGAACACGGACGUAACAUGCAGAGACUGCUCUCGUUUUCUUGAGCUAUUGGACCUUCCGUCGCGAGCUCAGCAGAAUUGCCUGCUUGCCUGCCUUCACGAGGGGAGCCAGCCCAGUCUUGUCAGCGCGCGACGGUGUGGUGGAAGAUGGCGCUAGCCGAAUGGAAAUCCUAAUGACAGUCUCCAAAUUUGCCUCUUUUUGUACCAUGGGCGCCAAUGCCUCUGCUCUGGAGAAAGAGAUUGGAUCUGAGCAGUUUCCGGUCAAUGAGCACUACUUCGGCCUGGUCAAUUUUGGAAACACCUGCUACUGCAACUCGGUGCUGCAGGCUCUGUACUUCUGCCGGCCAUUUCGAGAAAAGAUUUUGGCGUACCGCAGUCAGCCUCGGCGGAAGGAGAACCUGCUCACCUGCCUGGCUGACCUUUUCCACAGCAUUGCCAACCAGAAGAGGAAAGUGGGCGUCAUACCACCCAAGAAGUUCAUCACACGGCUACGCAAGGAGAAUGAGCUGUUUGACAACUACAUGCAGCAGGAUGCCCACGAGUUCCUGAAUUACCUGCUCAACACCAUUGCUGAUCUGCUACAGGAGGAAAGGAAGCAGGACAAGACCAAUGGCCGCCUUGCCAACGGUACGUUGGACUCCCAGAACAACAACAGCAAUGCCACGCCCGCUCCCACCUGGGUCCAUGAGAUCUUCCAAGGCACUCUGACCAAUGAGACACGCUGCCUCACCUGUGAAACGAUAAGCAGCAAAGAUGAGGACUUUCUGGAUCUUUCUGUGGAUGUAGAACAGAAUACCUCCAUCACACACUGCCUCAGAGGUUUCAGUAACACAGAGACACUGUGCAGUGAGUAUAAAUACUACUGUGAAGAAUGUAGAAGCAAGCAGGAGGCACACAAGAGGAUGCGUGUAAAGAAGCUGCCAAUGAUCCUGGCUCUGCACCUGAAGCGCUUUAAGUACAUGGAGCAGCUGCAGCGCUACACCAAGCUGUCGUAUCGCGUUGUCUUCCCCCUGGAGCUCCGCCUCUUCAACACCUCUGGGGACGCCACCAAUCCUGAGAGGCUCUACGACCUGGUCGCUGUGGUGGUGCAUUGUGGGAGUGGUCCAAACAGGGGUCACUACAUUGCCAUCGUGAAAAGUCAUGACUUCUGGUUGCUGUUUGAUGAUGAUAUUGUAGAGAAAAUUGAUGCACAGGCCAUAGAAGAAUUCUACGGUCUCACUUCUGAAAUCUCCAAGAACUCUGAGUCAGGCUACAUCCUCUUUUACCAGUCCAGAGACUAAAUGUGGAUUUUGAGUGUUUCACCACAGAAACCAGGAGCAAUGCUCUGUUCCCUUGUUGUGGGGAAGAGUGGACCAUAAACACACCACAGCAGCCUGCAUGGUGUCCUACCUGCUCGCACAGCUGUAAUUCAUACCUGUGCUUUCACGCACUCGGCGCUGCAGCUCAGCCAUGGAAGUUCCGCCUAUGUACCAGCUGUCCCUCCCGGCCUCUGUGUCUUUCCCACCCCAUCAUCCCCUUCACUCUGGCUGGACGCUGCUGCUGCUGCAGGGACAAUGAGACGAUAAUGAAUGAAAACAGUGUCAAGAUUGUUUUUAAAAAAAGACAUUGAAUGAGAGCUGUACAGAUGUUGGCUGGUCGUAUGAGUGGCGUAUUCGUUUUUGCCUUGGGUGUGGGGUUGAAUGGGUAUUUAACAAUUCAUGAUGUAAUAUUGGCCUGGUGUUUUCACCCCUCACUCUUAUUCUGCGCUGGGAUUUACUGAGAGUGGAUCAUGUUUUAGAUCAUGGAUGGAAAGGAGGGCGCGUGGGGGGUGAGUGUCCCACUUAUGGGGCCCACUGGGUUGUGUAUUUCUACAGUGUACAGAAUGGUAUUUGUAUAAAUAUUACAAGAAGAUAAUAUUAUCAUUGGAAAAUGUUAGACCUUGAGAAGAUGUAUUAACACUAUGGUGCACUUUUGAUACCGUUUUGUAGGUGUUGGCAAGUUUAAUGUGAGGGUUUGCUUGAAAAGGCCUGUUGUGAAGCGAUCAUUUUCUGUUUUAAAGAAAACGAAAUAAAGCCGGUAAGAUUGA